AUGAAUCGAUUUACAGAGUUUCAACUUGAAAAUAAUAAACUAACGCCAAUUGCUGGUUAUUGGUCAUAUCGACUUGUUUCUCUCGAAGAAGCAUUGCAUCCUUUCUUAUCUGAAAUCAAUGAAUUAGAACGUUCCAUAAAAGAAGUCAAAAAGUAUUGUACAUAUCCAUCAGAACAUAAUCUUACUCGUGAUGAAUCAGCUGCUUUAUUAUUAUAUACUAUGGAAGCUGAUGAUCAAAGUUUCUAUCUAAAAUUAAAUGAAAUAUUGAGAAAGGAAGAUCGAAAUGAGUUAAAACCAUGGUUUCCAUUUCUUAAACUAUUUGAUACAGCACUCAAUAAGUUGCCUACAAUAAAAGGAAUUGUUUGGCGAGCUGUACCUGGUAAUGUCGUUACGGAUUAUAAGAAAGAUCAAGUAUUAACUUGGUGGACUAUUAGUUCUUGUUCAGUAUCAGCAGAUGUUGUCAAAGAAUUUUUAAAACCGAAUGAAGAAUCAACACUUUUCAUGAUUGAAGUUAUCAAUGCAAAAAAUCUUGAUGGUUAUACUAUGUAUCCAAAUGAACAUGAAGUUAUAUUAGGAAUCGGUACUCAAUUACGUGUGAAAAGUAUUGGAUUUCAACAUGGAAAUCUGUAUUUAGCUCAUUUAGAAGAAGUAAAUAUCAACGAAGAUAAUCAACAGGAAGAAGUAACAGAAACUAUGGCUACAGCACAUAUGACAUCAAAAACAUGCAAAUCUCACAGUGUACCAACAUUUCGUGAGUUAUAA